AUGGUGGUACGCAAAUCGGCCGAGCGCUCCGUCUGGAACGGCCUCGAGUACCUCCGGUACCUUCUCGGGCUGAACGACCGGGCUCAGCGCAUCGAGGUUGGCAAGAUAGACUUCUACGACGGACAAGACAUAGGGAUGCUACUGACCCAGAACUUCAGCGUGGAUCUCAGCGACGUCCCCACUGUGUAUAUCAAUAACGUUCGGCUCCGACCCGCUGUCAGGAAGUUCCCGGAUAACCGUGAAAAGUACAACCAUAUGAUAGGAAACCCUUUUUGGGGCCGCUGGUGCCUAGCGUACAUGGACCGAGCUAUAGUGCUGGCGCUGGUUGAGGAGUACUUGCUCCAUGCGCUGGGCAUCUCGGAAUAUAAGAAGUGGCUCCGGUGCAGCAUGAUCCGCGCGAUCUGGGAUUCGUCGCCACCGCUUUGGAACUUCACCAUGAUGCGCCAGCGGCGUCCCGUCCACAUCUUGCACUACUGCGAGGGCCGGUCAAAGGGGCUCAACCCGUGGUAA